CAGGGAAUGUACUCCAUCAUUUGUGUUUAUCUCUAAUUCAUAAGAAAUUAUACCAAAGCAUUAGCCUUAAAUAAUAGCAUGCUCUUGAAGUAUUUAAUAUCCAAUACUUGAUGCAUUUAUAUAGUUUUACACGUGCAGAGGUCGGUGGAACUGAUUCAAUGUCUUCAACUUGGCCUUCCUUGGACUGUGUUUCUUUUUUUUCCUCCAUAAAGAGCUUCCUUUUAGCUUCUGGGGAACUUGUAAGCGCUUUAUCUUGAACAUCAUUGUGUAGAGAACUACUUGUUGUUGGAAUAUCACUGGAGAAAGAAAGACACAGCACAUAAUAUAUAUCAACAAUGAAUUGUUGUAGUAAUCUUCAUGUAUGUAACAAAAAACUCCUAUCGCUUGGGCGUACUUGUAGCUUGUAGGAGUAAUAUUCUCUACAAGAAACAAAUUUUCUUUUUCGGUCAUGUUGAAAGUUCUUUUCUUCUGCUUGGAUUAAUUCAUCCGGAUUGUUUAUUAAAUUGCUUCCUGGUGUGAUUAAGUGUGGAUUUGUUAUGGUGGUAGCGUCUUGUGCACUAUUGAGUGUAACUUUUUCAAUGCCUUCAUGCCAACCAAUGUCUCCUUUAGGAAAUAACAAUGGAUAUUGUAAAGGAUCGUAACACCCAUAAUAAUGGAUGUUUUUUGAUUGUCCACUAUGAGCAUAAACUUUAAUGUUUCGUAUUCCCGGAAUAUCCUCUGAGUCAUCAAUCCAGAUUGCCGCAACUUGAGAAGUUGAAGGGGUAUUAUAGACUCUUUGAUCUAGACUUGUGUGGGAAUUCAGCUUAAUGCUGAAUUCAUUAUCACAAGAAACAUCACCUAGGUUUUUAAAGAAUUAUGCAUAUGGAUUAGAUGAUAGGACAUCAACUAAGGUAGUGACUGUAUCCUUAUCAAGUCUAUCACAUGUUGCAAGCCGUUGUGCAAUUUGAUAAUCUGUAUCGAAAAAGUACAUUUGGAGAUUGUGGGGUGGAUAAGUAUCUGGGAUUAAAUCAUCGAUGUAAUGAUAAAUUUGUCCUUGCACUUUAAAUGUAUAUAUCCCUUUGUUUCUACGGCACAAAUUUCUAUCGUAGUUAUAAAUACCUAUAGAAGUGAAGGAGAACGUGUUGUUAUAUGUUUGAAUUGAAGCUUGGAAUUGUCUGGAUUGAUAACUUUUCCCAAUAUAUAAAUCCCUUAAGGCGGAAGGCAUUUCAUUUGAUACAAGAACAACUUGUCCUUGACAACAACAAAAUCCCAAUGAUUCAAACUCUAUACGUUUUGCAUCACAGUAGGAACAAUUAGGUAUUUUGGGUAACAAGUAAGUAGUCUGAAGUAUUUGGAAAUUAAGAAUGAAGAGUAGUAUAUUACAGAGAUGAUUUCAUGCCAACAAAUUUAGAGAUGAAGAGAUGCAAGGAUAUAGAAUGAGUACCUUGGCGAAUCUGUAAGAAAGCACGGCAAAAGAUUCGGCGGCAAAGAAGAAGUGACGGAGUAAACGGAUAAGGCUAUGGUGACGGUAGGUUCAUUAAGCCGCAAUGAAGACUCGACGGAGUAAACGGAAAAAAGACCAUGGUAACGGAGGUUGGCUUAUAUUAUAUAAGCAAAGAUACUAGGAGAAGGCCAACCGUCCCUACGCUAGACUUAGAAAUGGAAGAGAAAGGCAAGCCGACUUCGCCCUGGCCGUUCGCUCCUCCACCUCCGGCACAACAUCGCAAGUUAUCGCCUGGCUCGCCAAGCUCCCACGAUCAGCUAUGCAGUUGCAGUGGCCACGCUUCCGACCGCUCGAGCAGUCGAGCCCAACGGCUGAAGUGCCAAGCCGAUUGUUGCCCUAGCCACUCGCUCCUCCUAUGUUACCAGGCGAAUUGAAGUAGCAGGUCAGACACCCCAAUAUUUUAUGAUUUAUUCACAGCAUUGAAGCUGAAAUAUUUGAUGGUUCAACUUCAAGUGUUACUUUAUAUUGUCACUGAACCUGUUAUGCUACUCUCUAAUAUGCCACUCUCUGAAAAGCUCAAAGAAUUAGGAUUGGUUGCUACUCAAACUCUCAAAGGUUCAUGGCAAUGUUUGUGUAGCUAGUGUUGUUGUUACUCUAAUUUUGGACCGGAAAUUGCAUGCAUUUGAUGUUCUUUCCAAGUUUGGUGGAAAAAGUGAAGCUUCUCCUGGACCAGUGCUGGUAAUAACAUGGACGUAGGCUCUCUCUUCGCUUUGAAGAAUGCGAAAGGGAAGAAGAAGGCCCCGGCGGGCACUUCUGCCAGGGAGGAGCCCUCCCAAGCUGCUGCUGCCGGUGCCGGCGCCGGAGGGUCGAGGGGUGCCGGGCCCGCGAAGAAGAAGAAUGUCGGCAAGGGGACCGAGCCCCCGGCAAAGAAGGUGAAGACCGCCGCCCCCGCCAAGCAGCCGACCACCGAUGUGGUUGUGAUCGUGGAUGAAGGGCAUGCCUCUGCCCCCACCUCCCAGGAACAUAUCAACCAGGAGUUCUUCGGGCGGGAGAAACUGGAGGUGCUAGUGCCGAAUGGGGCUUCUGUAUUGGAGGGCAGCCUGAACCCUUCGGCACUGAUGAGCCAGAUGCUGCCAUCGGCUGACCGCUUAGCCCUCGCCAGGUUGGACGAGGGAUCCCUCGAGGCGAAGGUCCUUCUGAACGUUGCCUCCAGCUUCAUGGGCCUCUGCGAGCACCUCCGGAGGGUGGAGCAAAUGAGAGAGGCAAAAGGCGCAGCCAAAGGGGAGGCCGCCCUCCUCAAGAAGAAACUUGCCGAGGCUGAGGACUCCCUUCGCCUGGCUACCGAUGGCAUGGAGCAGCGGGUGCAAGCUGCGAGGGCCGAAGGGGUGAAUGAGGGCCUGGCCAGGGCAGGGAAGGCUGCUGCUGAGGCCGCCUGCAUUGCUGCUGAUGAAGCCCGCGCAGAUCAAGAAGAGGCCGUCUCCAGAGCCCGGGAGGAUGCGGUGGCCAGCUUCACUGCCGAGGGAUGGAAGGCUGAAGACCGGAGGGAGUGGCUCACUUCGGUGGUGGGGGCUUCGGUGGACGAAUGGGUCGGAGGCCCCGGCAAGAUGUGGCUUGCUAAGAGGGGCGAAUCUUACUAUCAAGGCGGGGAGUUCUUCACCCAGCGCCUCAUCUACCGGAAGCUUGCGAGGCAUUUCAAGAUCGCACCGGAGGAGUUCCAUCCAGAGGCUUAUGGCCUCCCCCCUCGUCAGCCAGACAUCAGGAUCCUGCUCCCUGAAGGAGAAGAGAGGCCAGUGCUCGAAGACUCAGAGACCCUAAGGGAGUGCGGCCUCGGGGGUGAUGGGGAUGAGGCCGAGAGUGAGGCUGUUUCUAUAGCUCACCCUUCGUGAAAUGUAUUCCCCCCGAUUUGUAAUCAUACUUUGUUGUAAUUGUUGACUUCGGCCCUUUUUGUAACGUACAUUUAAACUUCCCUUCAUCGGAUGAAUGAGUACAUAUGCCUUCGGGCUUUUGAUAUAUAACAUGCUUCCCUUUAAUUCGUUUCUUCUCGAAUGUAUGCCGUCGUUUUCUUUUGAAUGUAUGUCUUCGCUCUUCUGAAUGUAUGUUUAAGACUUAGAAUAUAUCCUUCCAAGUGUAGUGCUUCUUGUAGCCCUCGGCUACUAGUAAUCUUUUGUCCGUUGAACCUUUCAUCGAGGGCACAAUGUUCAGGACUUAGAAAUAUUUCUAAGUGUUUGUUCAUCUGUUGGCCCCCGGUCGGGUCCUCCCCUCUGGUUCCAUGUAGCCUUCGUGAGAUAGCCGGAGGUGAGGUGCUUAGGACUUAGAAAAUUUUUCUAAGUGUUUGAAUACAGUUUUAGCCUUCGGUAUUGGGCACCCUUCGCUAGAUGUAUGACCGAGGGCCCAACAAUAAUCAGGACUUAGAAAAUAUUUCUAAGUGUAGUCUCACCAAGCCUUCAAUCGUGUGACCCCUCGGGCUGCAGGGAGAUUCGAGACUUAGAAACUUGUCACCGAGGGUAUGAACUUUUGGGACUUAGAAAUUUUUCUAAGUGUAGCAUGUAUGAAGUAUGAGCCCUCGGGCAGCAUGGAGUUUUGACCGAGGGUCAGAGUAUGUAGGACUUAGAAUUUUUUUCUAAAUGUAGCUUCACCAAAUCUUCAACCGCGUGGCCCCUCGGGCAGCAUGGAGAUUUGACCGAGGGCCAAAAUAUGUAGGACUUAGAACAUUUUUCUAAGUGUAGUAUGCGUGAAGUAGGAGCCCGCGAGUGACUGUGAGGGCCUUGUCUCAGAUAUGCCUUCGGUUGACUGAUGGCUCCACAAGGGGCAAAGCAUUUAGGACUUAGGCUAUUUUUUCCAAGUAUUUCUUGCCGCUGGCCUUCGGGAGGACCCUUCGGUUGUUUGUCAUAUGGUGCCCUUCGGGAAUUUUUGAGUUGUUUGAGCCUUCGGUUUUAGGUAUAGCCGGAGGCAAUCCUUGAGUGGACUUAGCCAUUCGUUGAUGAUGUCUGUUGUGAAUGGUAUCCUUUUUACUUGUGAACUUCCAAGGUACCGAAGGUGUUCCCGUGGGGAGCCCUCGGUAUGUUUUUGUAAAUUGUUGGAGUGAUGUACUCAUUGAUUUCUCGCCGAGUCUACUCCCCUUCACCACCCUAUUUUUUUUUUGAGUAGUGAAGGGAAGGCUUCAAAAAACUUGGUUUCGUGGUAAGGCUUGGCCUAUCGGGAGGUAACAGAAUACACCAUUAGCUCCCCCCUCGGGUUAACCUUCCGAGUUUCGAGGGGAUCGAGGGUCGUUUCCUGGACACAAGAUAUGGUGGUCCGUAGCCUGCCUCCCCUUGGGGGAUGGCACGGAAAGCGCCUCAGUUUUGAAAGUCGUCCCCUCGGCGCUAGACAUAGUCCGUGGCCUACCACACCCUUGGGGUGGUGGCGCGGGGAGCAUUUCGGUUUGGAAGUCGAAUCCUGGGCAUUUCUCGUGCCUGUCAAACCCUUGGGGUGAUGACGCGGAAAGCGUUCCAUUUUUGAAAGUCGAAUCCUGGGCAUUUCUCAUGCCUGUCAUACCCUUGGGUGAUGACGCGGAAAUCGUUUCAGGGAAGGGUUUUCAUUUGCACACUGGUUGCAAAUGGCCGGGUGCACUACGUGCUGCCGGCACCGAUUGGGGGCGCCUUCGGUAUAGGCGUCCUCGAGGGGUACGACUUAAGAAACAACACUUGGUGUUUGUUUCGAUGUAUGGCCCCCGGCACUUGGUGCCGAGGGGUCUUCUGUGGAAAUAGUUGGUGUUUUUUCUUCACUUGUCGUAGGGGACUGUGGUGUCUACCCUCGGUACUUGGUACCGAGGGGUAUUCUGUGGGAACACUUGGUGUUUCUUCCUAUUUGUUGGAGGAGGUGAUUGUGUCGUCUACCCUCGGUACUUGGUACCGAGGGGUCUUCUGUGGAAACACUUGGUGUUUCUCCCCGAUUAUUGAAGGGGAUUAUGUUAUCUACCCUCGGUACUUGGUACCGAAGGGUCUUCUGUGGAAACACUUGGUGUUUCUCCUUAUUUGUUGAAAGCUGCUAGUGGCGUGCCCCCCGGCACCAGGUGCCGAGGGGUUUCUUUUUUGGGGGACAGGUGGUGCUUUGUCGUAGGUGAUAAUAUUGUCUACCCUCGGCACUUGGUACCGAGAGUUCUUCUAUGGUGGUGAGGCCUUGGGCCUGGGGGUGAUAUGAGGGCUUGGCCCCUGUGUUAAUCUUGUUCCGUGUUCUCGGUGUCUUCAAAACGCCUUCAUUCUUCAGAAUUCUUAGGCCUUGGGCCAUAAAAUAAUACAUUCACUAGUUUUGAGGGCUUGGCCGCUCUGAUGUUAUUGAUAAAAUUUAACUAAGUGAUGUACAUUCUAGUGCCUAGGGACUUCGGUCCCGUUAGGGCGUUUUAGUUUGUAAGUUCCUGGUUUGAUGAUGGCUGCCACGAUGUAGGGGCCUUCGAAUUUUGGUGCCAUCUUUCCGCCCUCGGUUGGUUGGCUAGCUUCCCUUCUUCGGAGGACAUAGUCCCCCACUUGGAAUUCCCGGGAGCGAACCUUGGCGUCGAUGUAGCUCUUCACCUGCCUUCGGUAGUUCUCUGCGCGUAUGAAGGCUUGCUCCCGGCGUUCCGAAAUAAGGUGGAGAUCGAGGGCCAUAUUGGUGUCGUUGGCCUCCGGAUCAUACUGUGUGACCCUUCGGGUUGGAAGAGUUACCUCAGUGGGGGCUUUGGCUUCAAAUCCGUAGCAAAGGGAGAAGGGUGUCUCGCCAGUUGCCCGCCGAGGGGUGGUACGGUAGGCCCAUAAGAUGUUGUGGAGCUCUUCUACCCAACCACCCCCUUCGGCCUCCAGCUUCUUCUUUAGGCCCUCGAGCAAGGUUCUGUUGGCGUUCUCCACCUGUCCGUUGCCCUGAGGGUAGGCAACGGACGAGAAGGUGUGUUUGAUGCCCCAUGCCUCUAGGAGGGCACAGAAGGGGGCUGCCUCGAAUUGAGUCCCAUUGUCGGAGAUGAUUUGCUGAGGGACGCCAAACCUGGUGAGGAUGUUUUUGAGAACAAAAUGACGGCACCUGACCUCAGUGAUGCUGGCGAGGGGUUCAGCUUCCACCCAUUUGGUGAAGUAAUCGAUGGCGACGAUGAUGUAUCUAUUGUUGGAGGUACCCCUCGGCAGGGGGCCCACAAGGUCUAUGCCCCAUCGAGCGAAGGGUAUGGACGUGCUGAUGGGAGCAUAAUUGACCGCUGGCCUGCCGGGGGCUUUCUGGAAGUGUUGGCAUGCGGGACACCUCCGGACAAGAUCUGCACAAUCCCGGGCCAUCGUAGGCCAGAAGUAGCCCUGGAUCACUAGCCUUCGGGACAUGGAGAAGGGUCCCUGGUGAGAUGAGCAAGUGCCACUGUGUACUUCCUCCAUUGCUACUUCGGCUUCAUCUUGAUGAAGGCACCGAAGCAACGUCCCGUUGUAGGGCCUUUUGUAAAGCCUCCCGUCCUCGAUAGUGUAGCUGGGAGCCCUCAUCUUUGCCAACUUGGCGCGGGCCUCAUCCUCGGGCAGUUGCCCUGUGGUGAUGAAGGCAACAAUAUCCGAGAUCCAGUCCUCCUGUCUUUGUUGUAUAUCCAUGACGGGGCUAGCAUGUAUGCUAGAGAGGCUGAGUUCUUCUACUUUGGCAAUCUUGGAGAUAUGUUCAGGGGAUUCUGCCGAGAGCUUUGAUAAAAUGUCGGCCUCAGAGUUUUGAGCCCUCGGUAUUUGAGUAAGAGAGUGUGUCUCAAAUACCUUAAGCAACUCCUUGGCCGCCUCCUUGUAUUGCUUCAUUCUCCCUUCCUUGGCUUCGUACUCCCCGGAGAUUUGGCCGACGACUAACUUGGAGUCGCACUUGACGUGGAUUUGUCAGGCCUUCAUGUUAGCUGCCAGCCGGAGGCCACAGAGGAGGGCCUCGUAUUCGGCUUCAUUGUUGGAGACUUUGAAGGAGAAACAGACUGCAUAAUAGGCCCGGAAGCCAUCGGGUGAGAUGAGAACCACCCCUCCUCCGCAUGCCUUGAUGGCGAAGGAGCCGUCGGUGUAGAGGGUCCACCAGUCAUCUGAAGGGGCCGAGGGCUCCUCUUCCGUGGCUGCCCUUGCCAUGCACUCCAUCACGAAGUCCGCUAGGGCCUGGCCUUUGAUGGCGGGCCUAGGACGGAUGUCGAUGUUGUAUUGGCUCAAGAAGACAACCCAUUUUACCAUUCGGGAGGAGCUAGUGGGGCUCCUCAUCAAGGCGCCGAGGGGUUGGUGAGUGAGGACCUGGACCGGGUGAGCCUGGAAGUAAUGGCCCAACUUCUUGACGGUCCACACGAUAGCCAACACCGUUUUUUCCACGGGGGAGUACCGGAGCUCCGCUUCCCUGAGGGUCUUGCUAACAUAGAAGAUGGCAUGUUGGAUGCCAUCCUCUUCCCGGAUGAGUACAGAGCUGAUGGCAGCCGGGCUAACACCCAAGUAGAGGUACAGGAUUUCCCCUACCUUGGGUUUAGAGAGCACAGGGGGUGAAGAUAAGUAUCGUUUCAGCUCCUCGAAUGCCCCCUGACAUUCUGAAGUCCACCGGAAACCGGCGGUUUUCCUCAUGAUCUGGAAGAAGGGUAAGGACUUCUCUGCCGAUUUUGAUAAGAAGUGGUUGAGGGCUGCCAGGCGGCCCGUCAACCGUUGGACCUCCUUCACGUUGCGUGGGGGCUCCAUGUUGAUGAUGGCCUGGAUUUUCUCGGGGUUGGCCUCUAUACCCCUUCGGCUCACCAUAUAGCCCAAGAAUUUGCCCCCUGGACGCCGAAGGUGCACUUCUUUGGGUUCAGCCGAAGGCUAAACUUCUGCAUGAUGGCGAAGAUCUCCCUCAGAUCGUCAGCAUGGCUUGCUGACUGCUUGCUUUUUACGAUCAUAUCGUCAACAUAUGCCUCCAUGAUGCGCCCUAGGACAGCUUGGAAUACCCUAGCCACCAUCCGAGUGUAGGUGGCACCUGAGUUAUUUAGGCCGAAGGCCAUGACAAGGUAGCAGAAGAUGCCCUCGGGAGUCAUGAAGGUUGUUUUUUCAGCGUCCUCCUCAUGCAUGUAUAUUUGAUGAUAUCCGCGGAAUGCGUCGAGGAAUGACAUGAUUUCACACCCCGCUGUUUCAUCCACCAAUUGAUCGAUAUUGGGCAGAGGAAAGGGGUCCAUGGGACACGCUUUAUUGAGAUCCGUGUAGUCCACGCACAUGCGGAAUGAGGGCGGUUUUUGUGCGAGGACUACGUUUGCCAGCCAUGAGGGGUACUUGACCUCCUUGAUGUGUUUGAUAGAAAGGAGCAUGGCAACCUCCUUCUUCACGAAUUCCCUCCUCUCGGCCGAGAGGGGUCUCCUCCGCUACUGUACUGGCUUGGCCGAAGGGUCCACCGAGAGGCGGUGGGUGAUGACCCUUCGGCUGAUCCCCGGCAUGUCCUCCGGCCCCCAUGCAAAAACAAUGGAGUAGGCGCGGAGGGCGCUGAUGAUGCCGGUCUUCAAAUCUUCGGGGAGCUUGGCUCCAAUCUUCACGACUCUCUCCGGCUUGGCCGGAUCGAGCGCGAAGUCUUCUACCUCCUCGGCUGGUUCAGCCCUCGACCUCUUUUCUUUCGCUUCCACAGUUCCGGUGAUGGUGUCAACGCGGAACUCCGUCUUGCUAACCUUCUUCGUAACUUGAUGGUAGCAAGCGCGGGCAAGCUUUUGGUUCCCCCUUGAGUAACCGAUUCCCCCUCGGCUGGGAACUUGAGGCAGAGGUGCCUCAUGGAGAUGACGGCUUCGAGGUCCUCGAGGGCUGGCCGGCCGAGGAUGAUGUGGUGGGCGCAAUCGAUGUUGACGACGACGAACUCCACUUCGAGCUUGGCUCUCUGAAGGUGCUGAGGUACAUUACAUUGACGGAGCUGCCCUCUGAAGGUGCUGAGGUACAUUACAUUGACGGAGCUGCCCGUGUCAAUGUAAGUUCUGUGAAUAAUGGUGUCGUUGAUCUCUGUGCGGAUGACGAGGGCAUCCCUGUGGGGGGAGGAUACUGGGGGGAGAUCAGCGUUGGUGAAGAUAAUGGGUUCCUCCCUCAACCGCUUUACUGGGGGCAUAUGAGUGACUUCCCCCACGUAAAGUGAUUGAGCCCACUUCUUUCGUUGACUUGUGGAGUCACCCCCGGUAUUUCCCCCCGUAAUCAUGAGGAUGUGGCGUUUCUUUUCUUGAUACCGGGGGUACUCCUCCUCCUCUUCAUCCAGAUUUCCAAUCUCCCUCUUCUUGCCGAGGGGGAUGGUGUUGGGGUUGACCCAUGCAUUCGCUCUCGCAGUUUGCCCUCGAGGUGGCCCCUGAUGAGGGGGGGGGGGGGCUGUUGCUGAGGGCCCUGGACAAACUGGGACAGAUGGCCCGCUUGUAUUAAUCUCUCAAUGGUUGUUUUUAGCUGAUGGCAAUCAUCGGUCCUGUGCCCCUGGUGUCGGUGGAAACGACAGAAGGGGUAGUUUGGAUUGAUGGCAAAUACUUCUGAGGGCGCGCGUGAAUCUCGCUCCACGACGCCCCUCUCUUCAGCAAAAUCAAGAAUAACGCUGACGGGAUGCGUCAAUGGUGUCCGAGGGUGCUCCAGGAGGACAGGUUGUGCCCAAGCCCUCGGGUUCCCCUUGUAGCCUCCCCCGGGCUUGGCUUGGCCAUGCCGGGGGCAAUCACCGGAGGGGGCAGACUCCCUCGGAUGAUUGCGGGGAGCCUCCGGUCCCCGGUUACCUUUGUCUUCUGGCCGAGGGCGUUGCUGAUCUGGGACAUGAUGGCAUUUCUCCACCUCCUCGGCCUCGGCGUACCGGUCCCCCCGCUGUAGGGCCCUAAUAUAAUCGCGGGGGGGUUCGAUGAUGAGGCUUCUGGAGAAGUUCCCGGGGCGGAGUACUGUUUGUAGGAGGGCCAGGAGGGUCCCGUCAUCAGCGCCGCCAACUUUAUCAGCCUCCGUCCUCCAGCGCUCUAGGAAGUCCCGAAGGGUCUCCUCCUUCUUCUGCCUCACUGUUAGCAAGUGGGAGAAGUGUUUUCUUGUACGGCGCCUCCCCGCGAAUUGCGUCAAGAAUCGCUGGGCGAGUUCUUGCCAUGAGUCAAUGCAGCCCUCGGGCAAUCGGUUGAACCAUUCGUAAGCUGACCCCUCUAGGGUGGAGAGGAACCAGCGGCACAAAUAUUCGUCUGAUGCCCCCACCAUCAUCAUGCUGUUUUGAUACCUGCUGUAGUGUCCUUGGGGGUCCGUCUUUCCGUCAUAGGGCUUGAUGAGAUGCCCUCGGUAUUUUUCCGGGAUCCGGGCAGCCAAUACCCUUGGGGUAAAUGGCGUCCGGGUCCGGAGCUGUAGGGUGGGUUCCCCGGAGCCCUCGGCUAUUUUCUUCUGCAUUUCUUCCAUCUUGGCCAUCAUUGCCUCAUACUUGAGGUCUGUAUGAGGGGCAGAAGUGGUGGCGUGGGCUUUGGUGGCCUCCAUCUCGUCAAGCCGGCGCUGGAGGGCCGCAAUGAUUUCGUCCUGGGGGUCCUUCGGGAGGGCCUCCGCCCCCUGCGAAUGGACCCGAGCCGAGUGGGCUUGAUUGAUUUGAUGGCGUGCGUCAUCGGCAUGGAGAGGUGCCUUGCCCUUGUCCUGAGGGGGACGCCUUUCAUUGGCCCUGGAGACGGACCCGCCACUUUCCUGAGGCCUUUGGAACGCCUUCCCCCCGAGGCGGUCUUGGACCCCUCGGCGGUCUUGCGCCCCUCCGAGCCUCUCGAGGGCGGAGGUCCGGAACUUCUCCUUGUUCACGUUGUGGCGGUCCCGAGACUGGACUUCCUGGGAGGCCGUAUCUUGGGCCACGACCCCCUCGGAGUUUCCCAUCCGGAGGACGGGGUUACUGAGGGGUCGUGGAUGAGGGGGAGGCAUAAUAUUCUCCCCCACCUGAGGUUGGAGGGGAACCAAAGUGCCGAAGGCACCCGGGUUCUGAGUGAGCGUCUGGAUGAAGGCGGAGAGCGCCGAUUGUACGUCUAUGGUGAUGACCGAAGGGCUAAUUUGAUUUUCGCUCCGAUCCUUCUUCUUGGCCUCGAUGCUGAGGCGGGCAUCGGGGGCAUUUUGCUGAAUCUGCUGGCGUAGGUCGACAGCCGUCUGGUCCAACCUGGCGAUGACGCCGCCCCCGGGAGCCCUGUUGGAGGCUUCGGGGACGUCGACCUCGCCGAGGGCCAGGUUCCUGUCCUCUACAUUCUUGGAGUUGGCACAAGUUGUUCUCACCAUUUUGGAUGGGUGUUUUUGUGUUUGGUCGAGGGGGAGGGUUUCUUACUUGAUUGUUCGACCUCUCAACGAGAGCACCAAAUGAUGGAUAGUGUACCCGGGGGGUAGCUUAUCCGAGGGGUUAUUACGGGGAAUAACAAGAGAGCAGUCAGAGCAAGUAAGUAUAUAUAUAGAGAGAGUAUAUUGGAGAGUGUUCAGCGUUUUCAGCGUGUUAUGACUUGGUUACAAAUGGGGAAAUGGGGUGCUAUUUAUAGUAGCAAUAAAUGCUGGACAGGGACACGUGUCAAGCGUCCAUUGGCCGAGAGGUCACCUCAACUGGUUGGCGCUGGCAACCGCAUGUGGCCGCAUUUAAUGCGGCUAUUGGAUGGGACGUUGUACAAGGUACGGUGAUCUGUACGCAUGUGGCGUGGAUAUCAUGUCAGGAAAGGUGCCCUCGGCUGUAGAGGACUAGCCGAGGGGUCUGAGUACCGGGGACCCCCUUGGUGCCGAGGGCUCCAGGUGCCGAGGGCUACUGAUUUUCGCUGUUUUCCCCAGUAACUUUGUUUUGCUGUGUUGGCCCUCCUGUGAGAGUUAGAGCCUUCGGCCAGGGGGCCGAAGGGACCCCUGGUGCGCAUUGUGGGCUCCUUGGUACUCUGGGCGCUGUGAUUUGGGCCUGUUGGGCCUUCUGGGCCUGUUGGGCCUUCUGGGCCUGUUGGGCCUUGAUUGGAGUAGUAGGAGUCUGUGGGCCGAGGGUUCCCGGGCCAUAUACUCCAUCAGAGGUUUUCGAAACUCCAAAGUUUUCGAUGUUCCAAACAUUUUGAAAUUCUGCAGAUUUCGAUAUUCUGAGGUUUGUUUUGCAGGUGGAUCGCCAUUAUUCUUCGAGGCAACCUCUAGAUUGUAAUCUCGAGAUUUAAAACUCGAGAUUGUAAUCUCGAGAUUUAAACCUCGAGAUUAGGAUUUCGAGGUAUUGUCUUAGAAUUUUGUUUAAAAUCCACCUGCUCUCGAUAUUCAACAUCGAGAACCUCAUCUUCGAAGAAAUUCCUCAAAAACUCAAAAUUAGAGAUUUUCUGCGACACCGCACUAUUUUGGCCAUAACUUUUGACUCGGUGAUUCGAUUUGAGCAGUCUCUCAUUACUACCUCCUUACGAGGCAAGUAAUACUGACUACAGUGGCCUCAGCCCCAUGCCACUGAACUUUCUUUGAUCACGUCGUGUCUAGUUACUCACUCCCAAAUGUUUUGAAAUUUUCUAGGACACAAACACAUUUUAGAGUCAGUUGCUAGUCUUCAAGACUUGCGAGAACUUCCAUAGGGCUCAUCUUUUACAAAUGUAGACCAAUAAUUGGAAGGAAGUCCUGCUGUUGCAACAUAAGAAUCACCAACAUUUUCAGGCCAUUGCUUUAGAGUUUAUCUCUAUAGGGAUGAAAACGGGUGUCUACACGACCCCGGGGGGCUUUUAUCAUUCACUCUUUCUGUUUGUUUCCUGUUUUAUUUCCGCAGAAUAAAAGAAUAAAAGCAUGAUGUCCCGAUUCAUCGGAUCGUCAUGAGGGGGAGAGUGGUCCACAUGCUGUUAACACUGAACAAAUCAUUCUGGGACACUUCACUCCUCCAUCACAAAAAUCAACACCUUCUCUGCUAUCUCUACAACUCAAAUCAAAUGGUCAGCUACACUCACAAAUCAACCAUCAUUAUGUUCCGCUGUGCCACCGACAAGUUCUUCUCAAAUGCAUUCAUUCCAAAUAGUCAAAAAGACUACAUUGUGGAGGGGACAAAGGUCAGAUACUCGUGUCCUGAAGAUGAAUUCCAUGGGCGUCUCCUAUUCUCCAAAGAAUAUUCAUUCUAGAGGCGUCACCGGACUUCAUCCAAGCUGAUCAAGAGCAACUUCUGGAAGGCAAGGACUACAUGCAAGAUACAGAAGGUCCCUCAACCCCCGGCAUCAAAGAUCAAAUUGUCAAGAAGACAUCAAAGGGGAGAUUGCAAGGAUUUCUUCGGAUAGCCUUCCUCAGAAGUCAAGUUCAAAGACAAAGGAAGCUGAAUAACAACAAAGACAAAGAUAUCUGCGUUGCAAUGCUGAUUCAACACGAUUGAACACCAAGGGGGAGAUUGUUAGGAAUAUUUUAUGGUGUCCAAUCUAAUUAAAUAUCUUUGUAUUUGUGUAGUUAUUAAUUAAACGUGUAAUACGGACCACAAAUGUGUAUCAGCCCGGGGGCUUCCUUGUAACCCGUAAGUUAGCCAACUUCUCCUAUAAAAGGAGGUUAACUUACGGGAACCCUAACGAUUUUGAGAGAGGCUUAGAGACGCAGAAGCGUAGAGAUAGAAAGAUUAGGGUUGCCGCUGCUCUCCUUCUCCAGGGAGAGCAGCGGCCAGUUUAUACGGUAUACCAGAUUCGGUUAAUCUUCUCGAUAUCUUUCUAUCUGCUUCUUCUUAACUGCUAUAGAUUGUUCGAUUGUUAGUAUUUUGGGUUUAUCACAUUUUCAUUUCAAAAUUACUUCCUCCUCUCUCUGAAGCUAUAACUUCUACUUUAUAUAUGCAUUCCAGGAAGUUUGUUUUUUGUUGUCAUAUUUUACUGCCGUUUCGUGUGCACUUUCUUUAUAUGAGUUUUACUCUCAUCACCUUGGUUGAACCAUCAACAGUUAUUUGGGUUAUAUUGGAGCAUAAUGUAAUUGUCACGUUGUGCUCAUUGGGGAAUAAGUCAAAGAAUAGAGUAGUCUUUCAGAUUGGUAUUUGACGUCCAAGAUUUCAUUCAGUGAAGAAGAAAUCAAUGAGGCAUGAGAGAGAUGACCUCGUCUCUAUAUGAAGCUAUGAGCAUUUGAUCUUUAUAUUAUUAUUAGUAGUAGUAUGUUGUAAACUAUGACAUAUAUUUGUCAAGGUUGUUUAGGGAUAAAAUACUCGUCUGGACCUUGUAAUUUUUAAUAAUUAAUAAUAUAUGGUUGAUAUUAUUUAAGUUAUUCUUUUUGUUGA